AAACAAGCGCAGCCUUUUCUUCUGUGGUGGCAGCAAUGACAUCACACCUGCACUCCACGCGCCACACUGCCACCUACAGGCGGACAGGGAGACCAGUCAGGAAGUGGAGAGGACUUCAGUACGUUUGUUUACUGACCACAGCGUGAUAGGUGUCAUCUGUCUCUUGUCUUGUUUCGAUUGAUUGAAAUUCACCGCACUAUAAAUGGUAAAAUAGUGAAUUGAUUUGAAAAUGGACAGAGACAAGAGAGGAAGAGGAGGAGGAGGAAGAGGGAUGAGAAGAAAACAUGGUGGAGAGGACAGAGAUGUCCGCCUGUCUAAAUCCAUGUCCUAUGCUCUUCGCCAUGGAGCCAACAAGAUGGGUCUUCACAUGGGAACAGAUGGCUUUUUAUUUGUGGAAGAACUCCUGGCUCAUCCACAGUUCCACCCGUACUCGGUGGAAGACGUCGAGAAAGUCGUGGCCACAAAUGACAAGCAGCGCUUCAAACUACGCUCCCACCCAGAAGACGGACGCCUGCAGAUUCGAGCCAAUCAAGGCCAUUCAGUGCAGGUGGGGGAUUUGGAGCUGAAACCGGUCCUGACUGGUUCUCCCGAUUGUCCUGCUGAAGCCGUUCAUGGCUCUUACCUCAGCAAGUGGAGCUCAAUCCAGCAUCAGGGCCUAAGCCGCAUGAAAAGGACACACAUCCACCUGGCAUCAGGUCUCCCGGGGGAGGACGGCGUCAUCAGUGGCAUGAGAAAAGACUGCGAUCUUGCCGUGUUUAUCGAUGUCCCGAAGGCUCUCGCUGAUGGAAUUGAGUUCUUCAGGUCAGAGAACGAUGUGUUGCUGACCGCAGGUGAUGCAGAGGGAAAACUUCUCCCAAAAUACUUUAGCAGAGCCUUGAGACUGAGACCCACACGGAGCAUCCUGCCACUGCAGUAGCAGCAAGAGAUACUGAUUUGUCAUUGGUCGCAGGAGGGAUCACCUGACUGUCCCAGCAUCCCGUGGUUGGUUGAUGCUUAUCCCGGUUCCCUUGGUAACACUGUGUGAAUCACUAUGAGGUGAUUUUGGUCAGGAACAGGAGAGUUCACCCAGACUUUAUUCAAAAUGGGACUAAAUCGAAAAAAAUCCAAUCCGUGUGUGAUUAUUGAAAGACUCAGAAUGUCUGUGGAGAAGCACCUUUAUUGUUAUUAGCCAGUCAACGUCGAGUGGCGAGUACAGAGACUUUGUUUUCCUCUUCUGCACACACAGAUUACAACACAAUUUCACCACACACAGUGCCUGCUGGCAACAACAAGACAAGCUUUCAAACACAGAGACACUGGUGAAGACGUUGCAUGUGUGGUUUAGUCAUGUGACUAUGGGAUGGCAGAGGAUGCAAAAACUGGGGUUUUACUUGACAGUGUUUCUGUAAGAUAUGGACACACUCGCAGCAUGUGAGAGGAGAUAAUUGGUCCGAAGCUUUGUGUGUAACAAACAACAGACGUCGCUACCAUAUGUCACAGCUAUACGGAGUGAAGACAACAACAAGACGAUCAAGUGUUUAUUUUUAAUAAAUGUGUGUUUAUUUUUGUGUGAUAAA